AUGGCUGUCUUGCUGUCGCCGUACUGCAAUGGGGUUGCUGAUUGGUUGGUUAAUUGCAUUGAAGAUUUGGCUUUGAUGGGUGACCCUUCUAGUUCGGAAACAACACUUGCAUGGAUUUGGGUCAUUGAGUACCUAGCUAGCUUACCUCAUAUCGAAAUGUCCGUUUUACGCGAUUUGAUUGAUGCGGCUCCUGAAUUACCUGAUGAUUUGGGGAAAAACAUGAGGGAAAUGGUUGCUUUGAGAUGCUUAGGUGAUUUGUUUGGUAGCAGUGAUGAAAUCACAAAUUAUGUUCCUUGUCGAGAACAAAAAAUCAUAUUUGACUUCUCAGAGAGCUGUGAAUUUGUACUCGAAUCCAUACUGAAAGAGAUAUCUGAAUCAGAUAUCAGACCAGAGCCAUCGAAAUGGGAUAUUCACUCGUUCAUUAUGCAUAAAAGAGCUACCAUGCCUAAAUGUGCUUUAGAGGAGGUGAAAGAUGCAAUUCUUGAGGGUACCCAUCCAUAUGCUUUGUUGAAAGAACAUAGUGGACUGGUUAGUGCAAAUGAUAGGCGAAACAGAAACUCUGCAGAUAAUGGUAACCUCAAUGCAAUGAGAGCAAAUCCAAAUUCUAAUAACUCUGAUCUCUGA